CCCCGCGGUGGGGGAUGGGACAGGCCCGGGCCCCGCACUGGCGGCCACCCACGCUGUUCCACUGGAGGAGCGGCUGGCGCCGCUUUUUGGACCUUUUGCCCCUGAAGAACCGCUGUUAGGGCCGAUUCCGAGCGCUGAUCCUCCCGUGUCAGAUUCGUCGAGCAUGGGGAUGGGUGCUGCCAGUGGUGUGGAUGCCAGGCCGGGUUCUGCCGGCCCCAUGCCGCGGGUUUCACCUCCUACGAGCCCAGGUUGUCCCUCGGCAGCAGAGCAGCAUGGUGCCGUGGCUUCGCAGGCUGUGCCUCUACCGGCACCUCGGUCCCUGCCAGCGCUGGAGGUGGGCCAUGCCAAUCUGGCUCCAACCCACCCCGCCUCGGGUUCCCGGGCAUCGCCCGUGCCUACGGCUGGAGGUGGCCCUCCCCCAUCGCCUCCUGUGGUCGCGGCAGACCAAGGUCCUGCACUGUUUACCAUUGGCUCCGGUGGUGCUGCCGCGGGGGCAAAGCCAGUGGCCUCCACGGGCAAAGGGUCCCAGGCUGCUGGAGCCUCUUCGGAUGGCCUGUAGACUCUGUCCUAUUGUCAAAUGACUGUGCAGCUGAGCAUAUCAGGCAUUCCAUGUGCUUCCGAAUGCUUUGGUUCGGUGGGUAAGGGCAUGAGUGCUCUUCUUGUGGCGUGGUUGAAUACCACUGCUCAGGGCAUCAUUGCUCACCUAGGGGACGUUGAUUUGAAAUUCCUGGGGUGCAUUUCUGCCAUGAGUUCCACACUCAUCCCUCCUGUUCCUAUCCCUGUGGGACCCGGGUUUGCUCACCUUGUGCCUUUUGAGUUUUAUGUUCGCAGAGCUGAGAACCAGCUGCGAGGAGAUGGUGGCUUCGGGUUUCCUGGACCUCCCUGGGUCACUGGACUGCUGUUCUGACAGCCAGGGAUCAUCCUGAACGGGUCUGCACCCUUGCCAUCCUUGGUGAGAUGCUGUCAGAGAUUAGCCUCUGUGGGUUUUUGACAGUGUCACGGACAUCACGAUUGUCAGAUUAGUCACCUUCUGCAACUUGAUGCAGGAACAGUUGGAUCACGGUGAUCUGGAGCUUCGACCAAUCCCUGGGACAUUCCUGUUUUCUGUAUCAAGAAGAAGUCUGGGAAAUGGAGGUUAUUGCAAGACCUCCAGAAAG